AUGUCAUCAUUAACCGAGAAUUCAUCAUUUCUCUCCAAUACGCUGAAACGACGCCAACAGAAACGACAGGAAGUGACCAAAAUUUUACAAGAAGGUAUCAGUUCUCUUCAUCUUUCGUCUCUGUCAUCGUCGGAACAACAGACGAGCGAAGGCAUCUACCCAUUCUUCAACAUCGAUCCAAAAUCGUAUCUACUCGAUGAAGGUGACGAACGUUCCAUGCUCGAGCCAAGUUCUUAUAGCAAUUCGGAGUUCAAACAAACGAGAAACAUCCUAUUCAAUUGGUUGAAUUCAACAUUAAGUGCCGAGUCGAUCAUAGUUCGAUCAUUCGAAGAUGAUCUUUAUGAUGGUUAUAUUUUGGGUAAACUGAUUGAAUUUUAUCAACCAAAUGUUCAGCUACUGACAGAUGGAUUACCUUUAUCUGAAGAAUGUAAGAAGAAAACUCUUCAACGUGUUUUGAAUUAUCUUGAAAUGUACUUUAAUCAACACAACCAACCCAUUUUGUGGACAUCUGAACAAAUUUACAGUCGAGAUUUGAUUGCUAUUUUACAUUUAUUAUUAGCCUUGAUGAGGAUCUACAAUAGGAAAAUAUAUGAUGAACUACCCAAGACUUUACUUUUGAAAGUGGUUAUUGUAAGAAAAACAAAUGGGAUAUUGCAGACAAGAAUUGCACAUGAACGUUUUAUUGAUGAACAUGAUCGUGAAGUAAUCAAUGCAACGGAAUCCUCAAAACAGGACGAUCUCAUCGAUGCUUUGUUUGAUCUAGCACCUGACAAGUUACUGAAUGUCGAAAAAACUCUGUUAAGCUUUGUCAACAAUCACUUGAAUCGUUACAAUAUUUAUAUCAAACAAAUCGAUGUUCAGGACUUUCAGGAUGGGUUAAAUUUACUCUAUUUAAUCAGUCAUUUAGAAAAUACAUUUAUUAUUUUAAAUAAAUAUAAUCAUAAAAAGCCAAUUACACGUGAACAAUCUCGUGCGAACCUUCAAUUAGCUUUUCAACUUCUGAAUGAAGUUGGAACCGAGAUUGAACAGUAUUGCCGAAUCAACGACUUACUUUCUGGAAACCAAAGAACACUGUAUCGACUUCUUUUUCAACUUUAUCUCCGAUACAAUUCGGAUUCGAAUAAUUUAUUACAAUCAAUAACGCAUCUUCAACCUGUUCGAACGAAUGUUGAUAGUCCUUUUUUAUAA